AUUUUGUCAUAUACAUGCAUGCAUGUCUCUCAUCAUGUAUGAUUCUUGAUCUAAGACAUUUAAACUUGAAAAGGGAAGGCAAUUAAGGUUUUGUCUACAUGCAUUACGUACGUACAACAUAGUAUAUAGUUAGGAAUUAGAAUUCACCUAUAAUACACGUACACUUCUGUCCAAACCCUAAAUACCAACAAGAGAGCACAGAAGAACAAGGCAAACAAGGUUUAAACCCCAGAACUUUUUUUCCUUUCUCUCUCUCUUUCUCUCUCUUUUUGCUCUUACUAAUUCUUCAUACUCCGGUUUGAGAAUUCUACACAGAGUGCUGCAAGUUUUAAUUGGAGUCGAUAAUAAUUAAUUAUGGGAAGAGGGAAGAUUGAAGUGAAGAGGAUUGAGAACAACACCAGCAGGCAAGUGACGUUUUCAAAACGACGAGCUGGAUUGAUGAAGAAAACUCAUGAGCUUUCUGUGCUCUGUGAUGCUCAAAUUGGACUCAUUGUCUUCUCCAGCAAGGGCAGGUUGACUGAGUACUGCACCCCUCCACUCAGCAUGAAGCAGAUUAUAGAGAGGUAUGUGAAGGCUAAGGGGGUUACUAUCCCCGAUCACAACAACCGUGUAGGACCACCGCCAUACAACGAGCAAGUGUACAAAGAGUUGACAAGAAUGAAAAACGAAACCCUGAAUCUUCAGCUGAGCCUUCAGAGGUACAAAGGGGAUGAUUUGAGCAGUGUACAGUUUGAGGAGCUGACUCAACUCGAACAGCAGCUUGAACACUCAGUCCACAAGGUCCGGGCUCGAAAGUUUCAGCUUCUUCAUGAGCAACUGGAAAAUCUGAAGAGGACGGAAGUACUGCUGGAGAAAGAAAACCAAGAAAUGUACCAUUGGCUGAUGAGCAAUCAGAUACAGAAGCAAGCAGAACUGGAACAACAACAGCAGCAGCAGGCGAUGGCGAUGACGGAACUGAAGUUAGUGGAGCAGCAGCAGCCAUUGCUGCAGAACCAUCAGCAGUUGCCAUUUUUUGGAGAUGAUCUUCAGCUGGGAAAUCUGCCUCUCCACACAGUCACACACUCGUCGUAUCGCCUCCAACCCACACACCCUAACCUUCAAGAUCAUACUCAUCAUCAUCCUCCACUCCCAAUAGAGUGAAAUUAAUAUAUAUCUGAUCAGGUGUCAUUCAUUUUUAGUUUAUGUUGGAUCGGAGGGUAUUUAAUCUUCAGGCAGUGUUGUCAAAUGCGGACAAGACAUUAUUAAUCUACUACUAUUUCAUGAUUUA